UUGGCGCCAUCUUCCUCUUCUUCUCCGUCUUCCCACCACCUGCACUUUCUCACUCUAACCACCACUCCAAAAUUUGCAAUGGAGAAAUAUUCCCAGUACUCGUUAUCCACCCUUCUCUGCGGGGAAGAUGAAUCCUGUUUCGACCAUUUCAAAGACGAAUGCUUCAAUUUCAAUUUCUCUCCAGUCUCCGAUUUUGAUUCUGAAUACAUCCGAAUGUUAAUCCGAAAGGAAACCAUCUUCCAAUCGAAAUAUUCAGCACAAAUUGAAGGAAUCCGUUGGAAGCGCCGCGACGUCGUCAAUUGGAUUCUCGAUAGAAGGGUUCAUUUCGGAUUUCAUUGCCGUACGGCCUAUAUCUCUUUGUUUUACUUGGAUCGAUUCCUUUCUAGAAGAUCAAUUGAUAAGGAGGAAUCAUGGGCUAUGCGAUUGCUCUCUAUUGCGUGUUUGUCUCUGGCUGCAAAAAUGGAGGAAAACGAAGCUCCUUCGUUAUCCGAAUAUGAUGCAGAUGAAUACAGCUUCAAUGGAGACGUGAUUCAGAAAAUGGAGCUGCUGGUAUUGAAUACAUUAGAAUGGAAGAUGAGCUGCAUCACUCCAUUUACUUAUCUUAACUAUUUCGCCUCUUUGUUCUGCUCCGAAUUUAGGCUAAACCGAGCUGUGGAAUUGAUCUUUGCAAUAAUGUUAGAGAUCAAUGUAACCGAUCAUCGGCCUUCUGUAGUUGCUGCUGCAGCAGUCUUAGCAGCUGGUCGCGAUCAUAAUUUGACUAACAAAAUGCUAGAGAUGAAGAUUGAUGAUGUUCCAAUUCCAUCAUGGGGGGAAGUUGAAAAGGAGCAAACACUUUCCUGCUACAGUCUACUUCAAGAAAUUGGGAUGUCUAAAUCCAAUGAUGAUUGGAUGAAGAGAUCCAGCAGGAAAAGGAGUCUAGAAUGCAUUGAUGGUGAUCAAGAUUGCCCUCCUCCUAAGACUCCUAAACAAUGAUUUUACACAACAUUUUUUAGCUGGAUUUGGAUUGAGUUAUGAGUUACUAUGGUUUGAUGUAGCGAUGUUAGAAGUUUUGCAAGCAAGAGAAAUUUUUUAGUGUAAAGUAUGUAUACCUUUUAGAGUUUAGCCCACAAAAUGAUGAGUGGGAGCCUAAAGAGGGUGUCCAAAGCUUCUUUGGAUGAUCAUUUUUUGUACUGUUUUGGGGGUUUUUGCAUUUUUGUCCCUUGAGAAUUGUUGUUUAUUUGGAAAUGGGAUUCUUUCUUGUUGAUGGAGAAGGGUUUAGAAUUUAGA